AUGGGUACAGCUGCUGGUGCAAUCAUGUCCUCUUUCCUGCGAGUAUCUGCAAUCACCUUGACUCUAUCGACGGCAACAUACCUUCUAUAUAUAUUGAGCACUCGACAACCAGACUUACCCAAAACCAAAAAAUACAUUCAAAAAACCGUCGCAAAAGUCGAAACUCAAGACUGGACCAAUCUAAAAUCAGACUUCACCCUGCCCAUCCGACUAUUCCUCACAGAGUCCCUCCUGGAAAAAGGCUGGAACAUCGUCUACAAAUCCUUCGGAACCAUCGAGCGCGUUGGAGACCCCAUCAUCACACCAGGAUGGCUCCUAACAGCCGUCAAAAUCCCACUGAAACUCCAACAUGCCGAAUUCGCUCUCCAAUUGCAAAUGACGUCUGGCGGUAGUCUUGUUGGGUUUCACUUUACUGGUCUGGGAAAUGGGUGGAAGGUACCAAGCUACGCCUCAGACUCCGAGUCGGAUACGGACCCGGCCAUCGUUGAAUCAGAAAUGAUCCUCGGACAAGGGCGAUUCAAAGUCGGAGCAACACUCUGCCUACCGCAAAACCCAAGCUCAACGCCCGGUCCCAAGCCCAAGCGACCAUCCAAAUUCCCAUGCGCAAUAUUCCUCGCCGGUUCAGGCCCAUGCGAUCGCGACUCAACAAUCGGCGAAACAAAACCUCUCAAAGACCUCGCACUCGGCCUAUCAAGACACGGUAUCGCAUCAAUAAGAUUCGACAAAGUAACCCACGCACACGGGAAAGCAUUUCGCACCAAAAAAUACAUCACCUUAACAGAUGAAUAUAUACCACACGCCCUUGACGCGAUAAAACAAGCCCAGAACCACACCAAUAUCGAACCAAGUCAGAUCUUCGUCCUGGGGCAUAGCCUAGGCGCGGUAGUUGCUCCCACGCUAGUAUCCAUGGACCUGAAUCCCCCGAUCGCGGGCUGUGUCAUCAUGGCAGGACCGGCGGAACCAAUUUAUAAGAGUUAUAUUCGUCAACUUCGGUAUAUCGAGUCGUUGGAUGGACCUGAAUCAGUGUAUGCGGGUAACCAGAUCGAAGACGCGUGUGCUAAGGCGGCAAUGGCUGAUAGUGAGUCUCUUUCAUUAUCAACGGCUGCGAAUAAAUUACCCUUUGGAAUUGGGCCGGCUUAUUGGCUUGAUUAUCGCCGGUUUGAUCCAUUGGCAACCUUGGCUGGGUUGAAUUGUCCGGCUUUGAUUAUGCAGGGUGGUAGGGAUUAUCAGGUUGUUCGAGAUGAUUAUGAGCAGUGGUGUGCUGCUUUGGAUGGGAGGGGGAAUGCUGGGUUUCGAUUUUAUGAAGGUCCUAAUCAUCAUUUUGUUUUUGGGACGGGGGGGUUCGACGCCGUUGGAGUAUAG